GAAACUGCACGCGCGCCUUUACUCUUAUUUGUAGUUUUACGGAAAGAACGCAACUUUUAUCUGCCUGUGUAAAUAAAUAUUCGAAGUGUUGAUUACUUCGAUCCUCCUCUACUCCGCCGUUGCCUCCCGCCUCUCUUGACCGACGCCGUCGCCCAACUCUAAUUCAUCUGAAAACCAUGCCGAAGGUGAAGACUAAUAGGGUAAAGUACCCAGAGGGAUGGGAAUUGAUCGAACCCACCCUACGUGAACUUCAAGCAAAAAUGAGAGAAGCUGAGAAUGACCCACACGAUGGACAAAGAAAAUGCGAGGCCUUGUGGCCUAUUUUCAAAAUAGCCCAUCAGCAGAGUCGAUAUGUUUUUGACCUUUACCACAGGAGGCAUGAGAUUUCCAGGGAGUUAUACGAGUUCUGCUUGGACCAGGGCUAUGCGGAUCGUAAUUUAAUUGCAAAGUGGAAAAAGCCUGGUUAUGAAAGGCUGUGCUGUCUGAGGUGCAUUCAGCCAAGGGACCAUAACUUUCAGACGACUUGUGUUUGCCGAGUGCCAAAGCAUCUGCGAGAGGAGAAGGUUAUAGAAUGUGUGCACUGUGGCUGUGGGGGUUGUGCAAGCGGAGAUUAAGGGAUUGUAUCUAUAAAACACUUGUGAACUAAUUCGAGAAGAGUCUUUGCAAUCCACAAUACGAGAAGGGUAUGACCUUUCUCGUUUUCUAGACUAGUAUUUGGUAAGACAACUCGUGCUAAGCUAAAAACUUGAUGACAGUGACCUUCCGUUAUCUCGCACUCUCUUCGUUUGGAAUGGCAAUGUAAUGAAAUUAGCCUCUUGCUUGAUGUGUAACAAUGAUAUUACAACUAUUUCAUGUUACUAUUAAGACAUAAUUGGUAAUUUUUUGUUAUUUUUCCAUUUA